GGAUGACUUGUGCACUUCCUCAAUAUGCCUGUCUGAGUUUGAUGGCCACGAUGAAGGGCCCGGCCUGCGAGAGCUGCACUACUUCCUCACUCAGCCGCACAUCCAGCGGACACGCCAUCCUUUCACCAUUGACAAAGUGGAGAGGUUGCGGCAGAUGGGCCUUGAUCUGUUCAGCAACACGCUGAUGCUCCUCGGUUGCAGCAGGAGCCAGGAUGCUGCCUGUCCAAGCCCUCUCCCUCUGUUGGAGUCGGUGCAGGAACGCCUGAAGGGGUUCUUUUCUGUUUCCAUGGACGGCGACAGCAGUUCCCUCCCGAUGGACGGCUCCCGCAGCACUCUUAUUCAGCACCUCUGGAGGCUGCGCAGCGAUCUCUCACGGCCCCAGCAGGACAUAUCGGUCGCAGCCCAGCUGGCCAGCCGGGAUGCAUCCCUUUUUGGCUCAGCGGCUGAGAUCCUCUUGCACGCGGUCGGUCUUGUGGCCCAGCGUCUUCACUUUCUCACGUGGCAAAUCGAGAUGCAGGCGUGGCUGCAGAAGAGCAGUGCCGAGUAUGACGGCUCUCCCAACUUCAACCUAGACACGGCAUACGGCACGAGAAGGGAGGUGGUCGAGUUGUUGCUGAGGCGGAUGGAGAGGAGCGGCGUUGAGAGGCCAGCUGUCCUGGAGCUCGGCGUGUACGAGGGAGAGCUAGCCUUCCAUCUGCUGCGGGCGUUCCCCAACAUGAGCUAUGUCGGUGGGUAUCGGCAAUGGCAGGAUUGGCACCAUUCAUUCAUUUCCACUUUGUUUGUUUGCAUGUGCAGGUGUGGAUGCGUAUUUCAACGAUGAGUUCGCCCCUGGUUCGCCCCAGAAUCAGCUCUUUGAGCUUGUCCAUCAGCACGUCGCCAAACGGAUGGAAGGUAGGUGGCAAAGCGCACGGCAGCCCUCGCCAAUUCCUGCGUGUCUAUCUCUCUCCCUCUCUGCAGAUUACCAGGACAGAGCCAUCUUACUGAAGCUGUCCUCCGAAGAGGCCUUGAAGGUACGCCCCACCAACACACUAGUGGCAGGGAUGGAGGAAUGCCUUUUUGUCGUGUUUCUUUCUCGUGUCAGAUUGUGCCAAAAGGGGCCUUUGACUUGAUCUUCAUCGACGCAGACCACCGCUAUCAGCAUGUAAAGCACGACUUGGAACACGUGAGCCAACGACACGCAUGAAACACGGGUUCUCAUUUUGACCUGACAUCUCUCUCCUCCCCUCCCCCACCCACAUGUGUCUCUGCCCUUCAGUGGUCAGAGAAGGUUCGUCCGCAGGGCAUCUUAGCAGGUCAUGACUUCAGCCCCGAGUGGCCUGGCCCCGUGCAGGCAGUCUUUGAGCUGCGGAAGAGCAAACCCGUCAACUUAGGCAUGUCAAGUGUUUUUUACUGGUGGGAGAGAUAUGGGCUGGGAUGCAUAUCUGGUUGUGUAUAUGUCUCUCUGAAUUCUCUUCUUCUUGAUGGAUGCAGGUAUGUUGGUGUGGACGACGAUUAACUCGAGUGACACACACACAUGUCCGUAUGCGAAAUGAAGAGCGUGGUAG